CUUUAAAGGGGUGAUAAAACACGAUUUCACUUUUCUAACUUUAGCUAGUGUGUAAUUUUCCUGUUUGAGCAUAAACAACAUCUGCAAAGUUACAACGUUCAAAGUUUUAAGCAAAGGGAGAUAUUUGCUUUUAAAGAAAUCCAUUUCUAAGGACUACAGCAAACGACCGGUAGGGACUACACGACAUUCCUCCAGGGUUGCUGACGUCACUAAGCCCAAUAUUUACAUAAACCCCUCCUCCGAGAAUAAUAGAUUAGGUGGGGGGCGAGGCCAUUUUAUAUUGCUGUGGAGAUUGAGAAGAGUUGUUGUAUGCUGGAGUAUUUUUGCCGCGAUGCCAACGAAACGCUGUUAUUUUCAUCCGGAUUGCAGGUCCACUUUGUUCAGCCUUCCCAGGGACGGGGAAGUUAGGGAUCAAUGGUUAAAAUUUAUUUUUAACUCGGUCCCUCAAAAUUAUUACCCAAAUCUCGCUCUCUGUGCUGCACAUUUUACGGAGGAAAGCUUCCACAAUCUUCGCGAGUUCAAUGCAGGAUUCGCCCAACGGCUUGUCCUGAAAGAUGGAGCAGUUCCAACUUUAAAAACAGAAGCUGUUUACGGGCCACAAGCUACAACAUCUCAGCAGGGUGCGAGUUCCCAAGAGCUCCCCACUACAUCUACACUUCAUGAAGUUGGAUGUCAGUCAGACCCUAUAGAGACCGAAACUGUAGCCACAGAGAUAAAGCCGAAGAUGCGAUCAGUGGGUACACAACUUUCAAUGGGUACAUUGAGCAGUUUCCACUUAAGGAGCAAAGGCAUUCAGGCAACAUAUUAUGGUCAUGAUGUGGGCACCCAAACAACUGACAUGUUUCCUGAUGUGCAGCUGUCUUCAACACCAGUAAGGGGCUCAGUCUUCAGGCCCAGUAAGAGACCUCGUCUGGUGUUCGAUGAGGAAGAAGAAUCAGAAUUAAAUGUCGAACCCACUGAUUCCACAUAUAACCCAGAUUCUGUUGUCACUGAAGAAUCAGAAUUGGCGAUAGAUCCACAGCCCGACCACAGCGAUAACAAAUACAUUGUUUUUGAAAGCUGUCUUCGAGAGCUGUUUGUGUCCUGUCCAAUUUUUAAGACAAAGUGUGUUGUCCAGAGCAGACGAAGGGGGACUUUUGUUGCAUUCACCCAGCUUUGUGAAAAGUGUAACUACUACAGACAGUGGCAGAGCCAGCCCAUUGUUGGGAGUACCCCACUUGGAAACCUGCUAUUGUCUGCUGCAACGUAUUUUACCGGUGGAUCUUUUAAACAACUAGAGAAGGUAUUACAAUUUACAAUAAAAAAAUCACAAAAAAAUACUGUGUUGUUUCAGUAUGUAAACAACAGCAACAAGCAGGCAGGCAACAACAACUGAAGGACAGGCUGUGUAUAAGUUCGUUUUUCCAAAGUCCAAAAAAGGGGAAUGCACAGCAAAGCCAGUGAAAAUAGAACCAACAUACAUCUUUGUGGACCCCAAGCCAUAUGCGGAAGAG